AUGUUGGAAAUCAGGAAGGUAGAUGAACGAAGUUCUCUAAUUGAUAAAACAGAAACGUUGUCAGGUGUUCAUAUAGAAAGAGAUGGAUCUUCACAGUUUCCUAAUACCACAACGUCUAGAAGUAUUUUCUCACAGGUAGAUAACUUCCUCUGGAUUGAAUUAUCGUUGUUUAUGAACGUAUUUCUUUCUGGGUUUGAUGGUACUGUAGCUGCAUCAACAUACACCACUAUUGGCAAUGAGUUUGGAGCAAUGAAUUUAGCUUCUUGGAUUACCACUUCAUACUUGAUUACUUCCACUGCAUUUCAACCUUUAUAUGGAUCAUUUUCUGAUAUCAUCGGAAGAAGGAAAUGCGUAAUUUUUGCUGUUAUUUGCUUUUUAGUUGGUUGUUUUGGUUGCUCUAUUGCCAAAAGCAUGCUAAUGCUAAACUUGAUGAGGGCAUUUACAGGAAUAGGUGGUGGCGGAUUAAUAACACUUUCAACUAUCAUUAAUUCAGAUAUCGUUAUUCCAGAGAAACGAGGAUUAUUCCAAGCCUUUCAAAAUCUACUAUUAGGAUUUGGAGCCAUUUGCGGCGCUUCUUUAGGUGGACUUAUUGCUCUGACAUUAGGAUGGAGAUGGUGUUUCAUAAUUCAAAUUUUUCCAGCACUAAUAAGUGUUUUUAUUGCCUUCAAUUAUAUUCCAAAUCAGCCAGAAUUUAGUAACGAGUCUAUUUCUUCUGUGAAAAACAUAUUUUCAAGAAUUGACAUAAAAGGAUCCAUCAUAUUAGUUACUGCGCUAACGUUUCAACUUUUUGUUUUGACUUUAGGGGGAAAUGUAUUGGCUUGGAACGAUUAUAGGCUAAUUUGUUUAGGGAUAAGUGGUUUUUCGUUGUUACUAUACUUUUUGUAUGUUGAAUGCAAUACAACAGCGAAUCCUAUAAUUCCUAUUAAUAAAUUCAAGGGACUAUUUCCCAUUUGUCUUAUUGCUUUUAAUUUCUUAAUAGGUUUAGCAGGUUAUGCCUAUCUUUUUAUCUUACCUUUAUUAUUUCAAAUUGAGCUUGGUGAUACACCGUCUAAAGCAGGGUUUAGACUUAUUUUUCCUGCACUAUCAACACCUAUAGGUGGUGUAAUUGCGGGUGUAACCAUGGCUAGAUUUAAUUGCUUAAGAUUACUUGUGUAUUCUGGGUCAUUUAUUAUGAGUAUUGGUAACUUUCUUGCAUUGCUUAUUAAUAAAAGUACCAAGCCGUGGCUCUUGAACCUUCUUUUAAUGCCGGCUAAUAUCGGUCAAGGUUUAGCGUAUCCGAGUAGCUUAUUCACAUUUAUUUUUGCUUAUGGAACUUCCAAUCAAGCGACGUCUACAUCUAUGGUUUAUCUACUGAGAAGUAUUGGGGGUGUUUGGGGUGUUGCUGGAGUUUCAGCAAUCAUUCAAAUAUUUACGAGCAGUAAGGUGUCCAAGGAUUUACACAAAUUAGGUGAAUUAAAUAACGAUGAAAUCAAUAAAAUACUAAGUGAUUUGAAGAAAUCAACCGACGCUGCAUUUACAUUGCCAGAUCAUAUCAAAUGUAUUGUACUUCAAGAUUAUGAAUCUGCAAUUAAAAUCGCCCAAGCAGUCUCAGCUAUUUGUUGUGCAAUAGCCUUCUUCUUAUUUCUUCUAAGUGAUGUUUUGAAAGCUAAAACUAAACUAGUCUCACUAUAG